AUGGAACAAGAAGUAUUAAUUUUAGCGACUAAACAUGUACAUCAAGCUAUUUCUAAUGCAUUGAAUGAUUUAACACAGAUAUCUUCUUCACUAUUGACAAAUUAUUCAUCAAACCGAAAUUUAAACUCAAAUAUUUCAUUACGAUGUCGAUCAUCAAGCAACAAUAGAAAUAAUCGAAAAGUAUCAUUACAUAAUGCAAUUCCACGUUGUUCUCUACCGGCAACAGAAAAUGAUCUCGUUCAUUAUCAAACGCAUUUGUUGUCCUAUCAACAAACAAAUUCAGCUCGUUGUCGACCAUCAAGAACUACGAACAGUACUAGAUCGAGUAACGUGUUUGACGUACAAUAUUCAUUUAGUCUUAAUAAACCGUGCGUAAACAAAAACAAUAAACAACAAUAUAAAUUAGCUGACAUACAAAAUUUUGCAAAUAAAGUUAUUAAAGAUUCCAUUCAAACUGCUUUGCUUCAGAUGGAUCAUGAAAAUUUAACUGACGAAGAUGAAACAUCUGAUUUACUUUUACACCAUGCUCCAUCUUAUACACCUACGGAAUGUUGUCAAACAAUACAUUCAUAUGUUGAUCGAUUUAUUCAUUUGACUAUUGACCAAACAAUAGAAAAAGUUGCAUCACACGACACUGAACUUUUCUCAAAUCACCUAGCAAACGAGAUCCUCAUCGAUGUGUUAUCAACGAUUGAAAAUGAUGAAAAACAUUGUCGAACAACAAAGAGCGAUUCCAUUCAAUCAGAAAUUAAUGAACACCAACAAACUGGUUUAUUCGAUCGAAAUCGAUAUGAUUUAUCAGCAACAACUAGUAGUACUUCUAAUGAAGAAUCUGUUGAGUCUCUUAUGAACCAUAUCAGUCAACAAAUUUAUCUUGAUUCAUUCCAAGAAUUAAGACAAAUAUUUACAAAAACCAACAACUAUGGUUAA